CACAAAAUUGGCGGUUUAUUUAAUGACGUUCCUGAUCGUAACGGUGGCCUGGGCCGCGCACGUCAGGUUAUUUCAGGUGAUCGUACGCAUUGAUGACUGCCUGGCUCUCCUCAACCUGGCCUGUAUGAUGCUGAUAACCUUCCUCCCGUACACAUUUUCGCUGAUGGCGACGUUUCCUGAGAACCACCUGGGGAUCCUGCUGUUCUGCGGCUGUGUAAUGGUCAUCGGCCUGAUUCAGGCCUUGGUGGUGGUCUACGCCUUCAGUAGACCCUUCCUGCUGAAGGAGCAGAUCCAGACCUCAGAGGACCUAAAGGUUUACAAACACCACAUCCUGCAGGUCAUCCUCAAGGUUCCAGUCAUGUGCUUCCUUGCCAGCAUCUUCUCCUUCAUAUUCCUCCAACUGUCCUACGUGCUGCUGGCCAUGGUGAUCUUCCUUCCAUAUAUCUCCCAGUUCUUAAAGUGGUGUCGCAGCAAAGCCACCGGUGAGGAGGAGACCCCAGACCCUGACACCCUCUACCAGGCCAGUGAGCCGCUGUCCAAGGAGCGGCUGGAGGCCUUCAGCGAUGGUGUCUAUGCCAUCGUGGCCACGCUGCUCAUCUUGGACAUAUGUGAGGAUAACGUCCCCGACCGAGAGACCGUGAAGACCUUCUACAACGGGAGCCUGGUGUCGGCGCUCAGCGACUACGGACCGGAGUACCUGGCGUACUUCGGGUCCUUCGUCACUGUGGGGCUGCUCUGGUUCGUCCACCACUCGCUGUUCCUCCACGUCACCAAGACCACGCGCUUCAUGGGCCUGCUCAACGCCUUCUCGCUCGCCUUUGUCGGCGGCCUGCCGUUAGCCUACCAGCUCACCCACGAGUUCCCGCGCAACUCUAACAACGAGCUGGAGGCCAUUCAGGUCAGCUGCGUCAUCAUCUUCUUUGCGGGUAUCAACCAGCUGGGGAUCUGGGUGGUCGCCCUUUACAGCGAACAGGAGACCCUGCACCGAUACGUACGCUACGCUGGCCGCGACCACAUCUUCAUGCUAGCCAAGCUAGCACUGUAUCCCUGUGUGGCGCUUGGAACUUUUUUCCUAACGUGUAUUUUGAGUCAAUUUAGCGCAUCCAUCUUUCACCUGAUGGAGAUCACAGUGCCUUUGGCCUUCUUGGUCUUGAGGCUUCUGGUGCGUGUUGCACUAGCUGGGCUACGGCUAGUCUUCUGUCCAGAAAGAGCCAUUCCCAGGACCGUUCUGGAGGAGGAGCAGGAUGCCCUGGUCGCCUAGAGGACGACGGGCACUAAAAGCUACAGAAAGCAGAUGCAAGUGCUGCAUAAUGAGGAUGGAAGCCAUUAGAAAGAGUCGGAUCUGGAGCAUGCAAACCAUGCUAACCAUUUUGUUGUCUGGUCAAACCAACAGGAAAUGUUCUGAAUGUAAAUAGGGUAUAAUAACGUUAUUCCGCUGCCAUAAUAAUAAUGGGGAUUUAAAGGUCCCAUGGCAUGCUACUUUAUGGAUGCUUUAAUAUAGGUAUUAGUGGGCCCCUAACACAGUAUUUGAAGACGUUCCUGAAAAAUUAUCGUAUGCUCGCUAGUCUGGCUGAACGGAAGUGGACAGCGUCUAUUGCCUAGCGUCGGAUUUAGCCGCGACUCCUCCCCUUCCGGUUGCUGGCG